AUGUUCAGCAUAAAUAUGUACAUACAUGAAGACAAAACAGAGGGAAAAGUAAACGUGUCUCAUAUGGCUCAUAGUAGAUGCCUACGAAAAGUGGAUAAUUAUUGUUUUAGAAAUAUGAAUAACAGUGUGAGUACUCAAGUAAAAGAAGAAGAGGAAGAUAGUCAUUCGAAGAUUCAAAAUAAGGAUGACGAUUCGGAUGAAAUGUCAAACGCUGUUAAUGAUGUAAUUGAAAAAGAGUAUGGAAGUGGGGCAAUAAUUCCUUAA